CUCGCCAUGUCUUCUCACAAGACUUUCAGGAUUAAGCGAUUCCUGGCCAAGAAACAAAAGCAAAAUCGUCCCAUGCCCCAGUGGAUUCGGAUGAAAACUGGUAAUAAAAUCAGGUACAACUCCAGAAGGAGACACUGGAGAAGAACCAGGCUUGGUCUGUAA